GCAACAGCAGUAGGAAAAGAAAGCAGAGAGACAUAAUAGGGAGUAAAACAUCGAGAGGAGGGAGGCAUUCAUGCAGCUCAGUGUGAGUAUGUGCUGUUUCUAACAGUGAGGUAGGAGGAGAGGAGGAACAGGAGAAGGAGGAGGAAGGGGUGCUUCCUCUUCAGUCUGGGCUGAUGUAUCCCAGCAGCCCCGGUCUGUAGCAACAGGAAACCUUGGUAUAUAAAGCCGCGUUGCAGGGGGAACCCUCCUAAGUGUCUCUCAGCCACAGCAUGACCAGGACCGAGAGCCUGAGAGUUUGGACUUAACAAAACAAUGCCCAGCCUAAUCGCCGAACCACUCAACACACAGCACUUCAUCAUGGACAGAGAUGACAGGACGAGAAACAAGAACAUCGGGAAGAACUUUAUGUGCCGACUCCAGUGCAUGUUCUCACACUCAUCGGGCUCUGAGAGGCUAAGUUUAGAAGAUACCCAACAAUGGUCACAGUCACUGGAAAGGCUUCUGGAGUCUAAAUAUGGACUGGCUACUUUUCGAAGCUUUCUCAAAUCUGAAUACAGCGACGAGAAUAUCGAGUUCUGGCUCACCUGUGAGGAUUACAAGAAGAUCAAAUCAUCAUUCAGAAUGUCCUCGAGAGCCAAGAAGAUUUAUGAGCAGUUCAUCAAAGCAGAAUCUCCCAAAGAGAUCAACAUUGACUAUCACACCCGAGAACAAAUCAAAAGGAACGUCAAGACUCCCACCAUGCACUGCUUUGACGACGCUCAGAAGAUAGUUUACGGGCUGAUGGAAAGAGACUCGUACCCUCGGUUCCUCCGCUCGGACAUUUAUAGGACUCUCCUUGAAAACCUCGCCGCCGACGCCACAAAAGGAUGAAGGCACGCUGAGGAGGAGGAGAGAGAAAGGACAUAAAACCCCCUAACUGGAAUGUUUGAGCUCCUUCAGGAGGAAGGACUGACAGCAAAGAAGGAAGGAGGCUCGACCCGCCGCCGCUCCACACACACGGACACAUGCAGAGGUCCAAGACCGCGGCAUUGGUGUCACUAGAUCCAGAAGCGAACAGUGCCUUAAUCCCAUCUUCGGAUGGAUUACCAAACGCUGAGCACUUCACACUCGAGGACUUUGGAACAAUAAGAAGAAUAAACAUUACCAUCCUUUAUGAUAAUGAACUCUAGUGUGUGUGUGUGUGUGUGUGUUUGCACUGGAUGAUAAGACUGCGCAAGUAGGCGAGUUGACCACUUUGGACAAUGAAUGAAUCAGGAGGGCGACUGACGCCCGCUCUGACGGUGGAGCUGCGUAAGCAAACCAUGCAGCAGACCUCCUUCGGCCUUCUUUGCUGUGGUGUUUCCUGUGCAGAUAAAGAAAGCGGAUGUAAGAUGCUGCAACGGUCACACUCUGUUAGUUAUGUGUGUGUGUGUGUGACUGAGAGAGAGAGAGAGAGAGAGCAUUUAGUUGUUGCUUUUAACUGCCACUGACACAGAAUAAGCUGUCACAAUAAGACUUGGCCAAUUAUCUAAUGACAGCAAUAAGGAAGCCAACAAAUCCAUACAGACAGAGGACUCAAUAAUGAUAAGCCAUCCUAAAGGAAAGGGCUGCAGGAGGCCACUUAGUUUUUCUGGGAAACUUUAAAAAGAGAUUUUUCUUUUCUUUAGAUUGGAUGUGAGGUUUUAAAAAACUGAUGCCUGAUAGAUUUAAGCUGAUAUUUUGUGCCAAUAUUAAAUAUCUUUAUGAUAAAA